AAUAUAAGUACUUCAGUAUUUACGUGAAGAUAAUUUUAGAAGUAGAUAAUGUCUCGUGUUUUCGAAGUCGGUAUCUCUGGAACACUCGAGUAUUGAGUUGUCACUUCGUUUGUCGUUCAGUGAUAAAGGAGACGUCCUCGAUUAAAAUUGUACAGAUCUUAUACAAUUUUUUGCAGUAUUAUGUGAUUGUGUUUAAAAUGGUAUUAUAGUUAUCGAUUAGUGCGCUACGUUAAACAAUAAAAAACAAAGUGGAUUUUUUGAAAAUGAGUCAGCAAGCAAAACGCGUGUGUGUGGUCGGGGCAGGCAUAGCCGGUCUGACGUCAUCAAGGUACCUCAAAGAAGAAGGUAUCGACUUCACAGUCCUGGAAGGCACUCAGUACGUUGGUGGCACCUGGAGAUAUGACCCCAGGACUGGGACAGACGAAUAUGGACUGCCACUACACACUAGCAUGUAUAAACACUUAAGAACAAACUUGCCAAAGCCAACAAUGCAACUAAGAGGAUUUCCCGUCCCAAAAGACAUGCCCUCGUUCCCAAGCUGGAGACUGUACUAUGAUUACAUAAAAGACUACGCGAAACAUUUUGACUUAAUAAGACACAUAAAGUUUUUACAUUUAGUAGUAGCCGUAAGACGAGAAUCAAAUAUUUGGAAGGUAAAACACAAAUACUUACCAACUGAAGAGGAAUUUGAAGAUGAAUUCGACUACAUAAUCAUAGGCACUGGACAUCAUAGCAAACCUAACAUGCCAAAUAUACCAGGGGAAAGUAAUUUUAAAGGUAAAAUAAUACACAGCCACAACUAUAGAGAACCGGAUGUAUACAAGAACCGGCGCGUUCUCAUAGUAGGUGCUGGCCCAUCAGGUAUGGACAUCAGCCUGGACAUCGCCGCCGUCAGCAAGACCCUGGUGCAUAGUCACCACUCCAAGAUAAAAUUUAACACCCCCUAUCCCGACAACUACAUCAAAAAACCAGACGUCAAGGAGUUCAAUGAGACUGGAGCUGUGUUCGAAGAUGGAACGUACGAAAAGUUGGACGAUGUUAUUUAUUGUACCGGUUUCCAAUACGACUAUCCAUUCCUGGACAAGAGUUGCGAGCUGACACUGACGCCGCGCAGUGUGGUGCCGCUCUACAAGUACAUGGUCAACAUCCACCAGCCAUCCAUGAUCUUUAUGGGGCUCGUCGUUAGGGCCUGCCUCGUCGUCGCCAUCGAUGCUCAGGCUCGAUACGCCACAGCCCUGGUCAAAGGCAACUUCACGUUGCCAUCAAAAGAGGACAUGCUAGACGAUUGGCAGAAGAAGGCUGAUGCUGUGAGAUCUAAAGGCCGACCACUAUCUGACAUACAUUUGCUGGCUCAGAAUGAAGAUCAAUACUACGCGGCACUAACAGAAGAAUCCGGCAUCGAUCGAGUCCCACCGGUGAUGUUCAAAAUCCGAGCAUUAGACACUGAAGCCAAGUUGGAAAACCUGUACACUUACAGGAAUUAUGUCUAUGACGUCAUCGAUGAUGAAACCUUCACCAGGCAUAUCGAGACUAGGAGCAAUUCUAGCUGUUUGCCUUGAUAGGUACGAACUGUUAAAAUAUUGUUACUUGUUAAUUAUUUAUAGUAGGUAUUAUAAAAUGAUCAGCU